AUGGCAGUGCCAGUGAUCACCCAGCAGCCUGGAUAUGGAACCUAUGCAGCUAUGUCUUCAACUGGUGAGUGGAGCAGCCAGCUCUGUGACUGCUGUGAGGACUGCGGCAUCUGUCUCUUUGGACUCUGUUUCCCAACAUGCUUAGCAUGCUAUGUGGCUGAUAAAUAUGGUGAAAGCUGCUGUUUGCCCUUUGUCCCAGGAGGAAUGACCGCAAUGCGAACACACAUGCGCUUGACUUAUGGCAUUCGAGGUACUAUAUGCAAUGAUGGGCUUUUGAUGUGUUUCUGUGGAUGGUGUGAGGUGUGUAGAAUGGCUCGGGAAAUUAAACGUUAUCAUCAUUAA